GAACCUCCUGACCCGUACCAGAACCUCCAGACCAGAACCUCCUGACCCGUACCAGAACCUCCUGACCCGUCUGUUUGCUGCCAGAAUGCGUGGUGAUGCCAUCGGAGGAGCAGAGCUGCGUCAGCGUGAAGCUGCAGAGCAGAGACAGAUCUUCCUCCCAGCUCUUCUUCGUCCACAGAGAGGCGCCGCUGAGCUCCGUGUUCUCCCAGUACCUGUCGCGGCUCCCCGCCGGCGCCCGCAGGUCGGUCCGGUUCCACUUCGACGGCUCCAAGGUGGCCGGCAGCCAGACGGCGGCGCAGCUGGAGCUGGAGGACGGAGACAUCAUCGAAGUUUGGACCUGAAGCUUCGCCGCUGGCUCGGUUCUGUCGGGCUCGGAAACCAUCAAACCCUCUGGAGUCCAGUUGGUUGGUCAACAGGUUCCGACUCCACAGCUGCUUUGUAUUUGAUUCUAAGGAUAAUAUUUAAGUUACUGGACGGGUUCUGGUCUUUCUGCAGAACCACAAAUUUACCAG